CUGAUAGGACUAGAUAGAAGUAAAGAAGUUGGGGUCAGUUGCCCGGAAAAUGUCGCGAUUGCCGCAUGCCUGCGGUCUCUGUUUGCUGCUGAGGUUUUGGCAGCUUUUGGCCUUGGCCCCGUUUCGAAUUAAUGGUCAAAAGGUAGCCCGGUGUCAGCGAUGGGUGACCUUAAGUGCGGCUUUUAGAUGGCUUUUGCUCACCUCGGUGGCACCACUGAUUGUGUGGCAAAGCUUCGCCAUUUAUGAGGCCACGAAUGUUCGGCUUUCGACGGUCUUCAAGACAAUUGCUUUGGCCGCCAUGGUUGGAGAUUUUGGCAUUUCCCUGGCUCUCCUGGGAACGCACCUGUUGAAACGUCGCGAGUUGGCCAAACUGAUGACGGGUUUGGCCAGAUUGCAUCGUCGGAGGAAACUGAGCUGGUGGUCCACCUUGUUCCUGUGGCUGAAGUUGCUCCUCUCCCUCUACGAACUCCUCUGCAAUGUGCCCUUUCUCGAGGGGGCAGGCAGUCGGCUGCCCUGGUCUCAACUUCUCGCUUUUGGAGUCCAGCUUUAUGUUCAGCAUGUGGCCAGUGUCUAUGCAAAUGGAGUAUUCGGGGGCAUGCUACUAGUCCUGGAGUGUUACAAUCAACUGGAACGUGAGGAGCCCAUUUUGGCAAGACUUUUGCAGAAGGAACGCAGCUGGCUGAGAUUGGUCAACAGAUUCGUGAAGGUCUUUCAGCUGGGCUUCUUUUUGCUGGUCAUUGGCAACUUUAUCAAUAUUCUGGCCAACAUUUACGCCUUUAUGUCCUACUUUGUGUCGCUGCACGGCGUUCCCCUCACAAUUUCCAAUAACUGUUUGAUUAUGGCCGUCCAGCUAUAUGCUGUCCUUUUGGCCGCUCACCUUUGCCAGGUGAGGUCAGGUCGAUUGCGAAAAAUGUGCUUGGAACACCAAUAUGUGCCUGAUGGACAAACUCGGGAACAGGUGGGUGAAUCCGAAACAAAUAUUUCAUUUCCUUUGGUCUCACCCACUGGCAAUGUGGAGUUUCGUAUUUUAGGCCUUUUCACCUUGGACAACUCGUUUUGGCUUUUUUUGGUCUCGUAUGCCAUGAAUUUUAUCGUGGUUAUCCUGCAGUUUAGUCUGGAGAACAUGAAACAUGUUUAA